CCCUGAUUCUGUGGUUUCUGUGAUCUGUUGAGAAAGGUUCGCCCCCACUUCUUCUAGUAGACCUUACUCUGCUGCGAAGGUAUGUAACGAGGAAAUUAUUGUUUAAUACACCAUGAAAGAGCAUAAUUCCAGCAUUGGGUUGUGUUGCUUUUUGAUGUUGGGAGCCAUGUUGAAAAACAAACCCUAGUCAGAGAUUGUAUUUUGAAAAAAAUUCCAUUCUCAGACGGGUCAUUGAAUGUCUCUAUUUUGGUGAGAUGGAUGCGUCAGUCCAUUGACCCAUUACUUAAAGGAAGCGUUCAAUGAUUUGUUUAAUUUCCUUAUUCCGGUUAAAAUGUGUAUGAGAGUAGAAAGCUGAGGUUUGAUCACUGCACCCAUUGGUAAGGAAACUGGUAUGUUAUCUCAUUUGAUUGAAAAAAUGCCACAGCAUGUGACCUUACGGUUAUUGAAGGCAGUUGGAGACUUAGACGUUAGACUUAUUUCCACAAAAGCAAUGAAUUCUGGCCAAAAUUAUACAAUAUCACAAUUAAGCUCAGAAUGUUGACGUUUCAUAGGCCUUGGUCUUCUGUCUCGAGGGAGGGAGAGGCCACAGAUGACUGCCUAGUGUGUGUAUUGGCAACAGUAGUCCACAACAUGGGCUCUCGUCUUGAAAAAGGAGAAGCCUCAGCUGUUUGCAGCAUCCAUUGAGAAAUGCUAAAGCCAACUUCCUCUAUCUGCACUUCAUUCACUGUCACAUUACUGUAUUGGCUCCAUUAUUGUGGCCUUCUUCCUCUGUAAAGCAUAUGAAACUGAUUUGGACUUAAUCUAAUCAGGUUUUAUUGUCCCUCCUUUUUAGUAAGUCAGGUAAAAAAAAAUGUAUUGAACCUUUUAUUUAACUAGGCAAGCCAGUUAAGAACAAAUUCUUAUUUAAAAUGACGGCCUACACCGCCCAAACCCGGACGACGCUGGGCCAAUUGUGCACCGCCCUAUGGGACUCCCAAUCACAGCCGGUUGUGAUACAGCCUGGAAUCGAACCAGGGUGUCUGUAGUGACCCCUCUAACACUGAGAUGCAGUGCCUUAGACCGCUGCGCCACUCUGGAGUUGAGGUGUAAUGAAGUUGUUCUCAAGUGAUUCUCAGCUGUGCUGGUUACUGCAAUGAAUGGUGACACUAUCCAUCAGGCGACAACCACAGCUUCCAUUGCAGCACCGUGUGGCUGGAGGGAAUUCUGCGAGUUGCAUGCCAUAGCCACAGCCCGGAAACUAGCCAACCACUACCGUAACUUUGCCAGGGAGCGGCCACAGCAUGAUGUCAUCCCACCGGACAGCUUCUCCAAGCAGUUCAGCGAGCUGUUCCAGCAGCACUUCCACAGCGAGGUGGCCGAAAAGAUCCCUACAUUGGCCCCUUCACCCAUGAUGGGCCAGCUCCGCAUCACCUCCUCCUCCAGCGUGCAAGACUACCGGGAGGCGGGCCAGCCUGGCGCCCCGGCCCUGCUCACCGUGCUGGACCCAAAGCCGAAGCACGGGGUGGUGGAGCAGCCCCUCCAGUGCUCAUCAGCCAACCAAGGGGUGCGAGCUCGAGCCCGGAGCCACAGCCAGGAGGAGGUGUCUGUGUCAGAGCGGCGGCCUGUGUCUGAAUGGUACACUCCCACCUCACCCUCCUCCGCUGCUGCUGAUGUCACACACUUCUCUGUCAGCCAGAUCAGGCAGAGCGUGCGCUGUCUUCUUAAGGAGCCCCUGCCCCCACCUCAAGACCUGCUGUCGAGAGGGCCGGGGGACAGGGGAAUAGGAGGGACUCUGGACGAAGUGGCGGCCUUAUCGUUGUCAGCGUUGACUGUGAACCCCUCCCCCGAGACCACUGCCUCGUCCAUGGCGGUCCACCUCCUAGACCGUCUGGCCAGCAGGUUUGGCAGUAGGCAGAGUGUGAAGCGCGGGCCGCAGGCUGCGGGCAGCUGCAAAGAGGGGCAGCUGAGGUACCUGGUGGUUGACGACACUAUCUCGGACACGCAGCAUCGCUGGGAGCGCUGCCGCCUACUGGUGAGGAAGAUCAGAGACGGCCGAGCAGGAGAGCGGUUCCAGCUGGAGCUCUAUGACCCCCCCAAGGGCUCUAGUCCCAAACUGACAGUUCAUUGUGCAGACAUCCUGGAGAUCCGCCGCUGCAACCGCCUGGAGAUGCCCGACAACAUGAACACGUUUGUUUUAAAGGUUAAUCACUAUCCAGGUAGUCUCAUAUUUGAGACGGAAAAUAACCAGCAAGUCAGCUCCUGGACAACAGAAAUUAAAGAAUGUAUCAACAGGUCUGGCAGCGUGGAUUUGGAGCUCCUAACCUACCCUGUGGACAAUGCUGCGAUGGCCAAACGGAGAGGGAACUCCGAGUCAGGGAGUCAGGGAACUGCGACCUUUGCCCUCUCGGAGCAGGUGUUCCAUAAGACUGACCACUUCCUGCGUUCAUACCCCUGGUUCCACGGGCCAAUCUCGCGGGUCAAGGCGGCCCACCUGGUCCAGAACUUGGGCCUGGAGGGCCAUGGAGUUUUCCUAGUGAGGCAGAGUGAGACUCGCCGCGGAGACUACGUCCUCACCUUCAACUACCAGAGCAAGGCCAAGCACCUGCGUCUGUCUCUAACAGAGUGGGGUCAGUGUAGGGUGCAGCACCUGCGCUUCCCAUCCGUCAUGGACAUGCUCAGUCACUUUCGCCUCUACCCCAUACCCCUGGAGUGUGGCACUGCCUGUGACGUCACCCUCUCAAGCUUCGUGGUGGCUAACUCCCAAGGUCAGAUUUCAGCUGCUGUUCUGGUUCCCUUCUCCCUGAACUGCUGGAGUUCCGAGCCCAGCCUGGCCCACUGCAGCCCAGCCACCUGCCCCAGCCUGCUCCCCUCAGCAGGCCCCUCUCCAGGCCCCCUGCCCCAGCCCGGACACCCUCAUCUAUACACCGCUCCCCUCUCAGACCUCCCUACCUCGGGUCCCCUGCGUCGGAGCGAGUCGGUGGGCCGCAGACCCCUACUGCGUCACCCCAACCCCCACCCACCCUUUACUCAGCAAGACUCCGACUACGAACUGGAGCCAGACAGGGGCCGCAAGCGGGCCAUCGACAACCAGUACAUGUUCCUCUGACCGGCCGACUCCCUUUCUCGCUGUCACAGCCAGCCCAGAGGUCACCGCAAAACUCCAAGCAAGUGCCAGAUGGACUCAUGAUUGAAUGUGUAUGCCCAAGUUGAGGUCUGUUUCAUGGUGGGGGUGACAGAGUUCAUUAUGAAUGUAUUUUUAGGAAAGUGUUUAAUAUUGUUAUAUGAUUAUUCUCAUUUUAUAAAGCGGAUGUCGUUGUUUUAAGGGAUAUUGCUACAUGGGAGUGAGUGGUGCUGAUGUGGAAGGUCUUCCCUCAGGCAGGGGAGGGGGGCACCCUCACUGCCUCUCCCUCCCCUUUUAAUAGGGGUCUGUUUAAGGGCCCUGAAGCGUUGGGCAACACUCCCUCCCCUCCACACACACACUCCAUUUUAUAGUGUAUUCUAAUGAUACCCUGUGUAUUUGAAAUGCACACAUUCUGUACAUUGUGUAUUUUAAUUCGCUAUUUUAGUUGGAAAACCGAAGGUUCCUUUUUCAACACCUAACAAACUGUGUGGAGCCUUCCACGUAGGUUUGGUUCAGUCUCACUGUUGGGGUAUGUAUUGACGUCAAACCUCCCGAGACGGGACUGAACAAGGGAGUUAACCCCAUAAAGAAAGAGGUUGAGAGGGGACACACCCUAUUCUAGAGUCCCUGUUCCCCUCCACAGCCUCGACUCUCAAGCCCUGUGCACAACUCUUAUAUAAUACAUUUCACACAAUAUUCGCGAUACAACACUUUGUCUGCCCAAAAAUGUUUACACAACCAUUGUGCAAAACUCUGUUGUAUCACAAGCAUUGUGCCUGUAUUGUACAACUUAAAUGUGUAUGGGGCAAAAUAUUAACAUGUUAAUUUCCUGUUAGCGUUAAAGUCCUUACCUUCAUAGCAUUAACUUCUUUCAUCUUAACAUUGUUCUCUCCAGCUCUACGACUCAAGGACAAAGCUGGACCUUUCUGAAGGCAUUUGUUUUCUGCUAGUUAAAUGUUUCACUUCUAUGGUUUCUUAAUCAGCAAGCUCUUGAAAGAGACAAACGUCACCAAAGAAAAUGUGAGGAAAAGACUGCACUCCCUUGCUUUUUACUAAGAACCCUCGUGUGCAUGGCCCCUUAACACAUUUUAUGUAAGCAACCGUUCUGGUGUACAUUUUUGUUUAUUAAUUAAACUUUCUUUAACAUA